AGCAACGAAAAUAUAUACUUCCUCAAUGACAUCAUAGCCAUGGCUAAGUACUAUGGCGUCAGAAUUGGUUUCUACACAAAUGUUUACGACUGGAAUCAAAUUACCAAAGGAGCUACAGUUGAGGGAGCUAUGCUAUGGUACUGGAACGUCAAUGGUGGAGGACCUAGUGGUGAGACCCCUGCCAACUUCGAUGAUUUCCGUCCAUUUGCUAAAUUCACGAAGCCGACGAUGAAACAGUUUGGACAAAUGGAGUCAAUUUGCGGAGAGACAGUUAAUAGAGAUAUCUACUCACUAGAAAAGUCAAAGCACAUUCUGACCGAGCUGAAGGAAAAACACAGCGAUGAACUAAUUGUUGGCAAAUUGGGCCAUGCACUUACGGGAUUGUUAUCAUUUGCAUAA